AUGGCAGAGGUUGGCGAAGCUGGGCGCUGGGCUCGCGUCUCCGAUGGCCUCCUUGCACCCGGUUCGAGGCUCGCCGCCUUGCUCUCCUUACAGGCGGAGAAAGGCCGUGCUACGUUAAUUCCCAGCCGAGGGAGCCGGGUGAGUCAGCACUUCACAAAGGCUGAGAGGGCAGCUGAGCAGCAGGGGAAGUGUGGAGAGAAAACUGAUGGUGGGCUGCAGGUGAGGAAAUUUGGGAAGGAAGGCAGAGGGGGUGCCGGAGCAGCCGGUGAGGAGGAGAUCAGCCCCGAGGACGACCAGAGAGCCAACCGCACGUUGUUUCUGGGCAACCUGGACAUCACCGUGAGCGAGUCUGAUUUACGCCGAGCCUUUGACCGUUUUGGGGUCAUCACUGAGGUGGACAUCAAAAGGCCAGGCCGUGGGCAGACCAGCACAUACGGUUUUCUUAAAUUUGAAAAUCUGGACAUGGCGCACCGGGCCAAGUUGGCCAUGUCAGGAAAGGUGCUUCUACGCAACCCCAUCAAGAUUGGGUAUGGUAAAGCCACUCCAACUACCAGGCUCUGGGAGGGCGGCCUUGGGCCCUGGGUGCCCCUUGCUGCCCUGGCCAGGGAAUUUGACCGUUUUGGCACCAUUCGCACUAUUGAUUACCGCAAAGGGGAUUCGUGGGCCUAUAUCCAGUAUGAGAGCUUGGACGCAGCACAGGCAGCGUGCACCCAUAUGCGUGGCUUUCCCUUGGGUGGGCCGGAUCGCCGACUCCGCGUAGACUUUGCUGACACUGAGCAUCGGUACCAGCAGCCCUACCUGGCGCCUCUGCCGUUGCCGCCUCCCGCUCAUUAUGAGCUAGUGGCAGGGGCGGCUCGGGACAGGACACCACCGUUGCUUUAUAGAGACCGCGACAGAGACCUUUAUUCUGAGACAGAGUGGGUGCCUCCGCCACCCCCUGUGCGGGAUAGGAGUAAUCGGGCAGCUGCCUAUGACCCACUGGAAAGCCUAGAUCGCCGUCGGGAUGGUUGGUCCUUGGAGCGGGACCGGGGGGAGAGGGAGUUGGGCACUAGCAGUAGGGAUCAGCCUAGGAAACGGAGACUGGCGGAGGAUGGAGGCCGGCACUUGGACCGUUCUCCGGACAGUGAGCGCUCUUCUUCGUCCCGAAAGCGUCACUGUUUAGCCACAACCUCUCCCCCAGACCGCAGCCCUGAGCUUGUCGGAGGGCGGGAGCGCUAUAGUAGUGACCCAGAACGCUCUUCCUCCCGUUUGCUCCUGUUGGAGCGGCCCUCGCCUAUCCGGGAAUCGCGCAGGGGAAGCCUAGAGCGAGGCCAGAAUGAAAAACGCGACCGCAAGAAUUCCGCUGAAAGAGAGCGGAAGCAUCGCGCUUCUGCAGCAGCUGCUGCGCAGGAGUGCAAAAGUCCAGCCAAAAAGGAUGAACGCGCUACGGAAGGAGGCGGUGGAGGGUCGCGGCUCAAACCUCCGCCUCAGAAGCAGCAGCAGGAUGGAACGUCGCAGGCCGGGGGAGCCCCCAAGUUGUGCUUGGCUUGGCAGGGGAUGCUUCUGCUGAAGAACAGCAACUUCCCGUCCAAUAUGCACCUGCUUCAGGGGGACCUCAGCGUUGCCAGCAGUCUCCUCGUGGAGGGAGCAACUGGGGGUAAAGUAGGUCAGCUCAAGAUCACACAACGUCUUCGUCUGGACCAGCCCAAGCUAGACGAGGUCACUCGUCGCAUCAAGGUGGCAGGUCCCAAUGGGUAUGCCAUCCUUUUGGCUGUGCCUGGCACAUCAGACAACCGCUCCUCAUCUGGAGCUAGCGAGGCUGCCACCACCUCCACCCAGAGGCCGCUCAGGAAUCUGGUGUCCUAUCUAAAGCAAAAGCAGGCUGCUGGGGUGAUCAGCCUCCCUGUGGGGGGCAACAAAGACAAGGAGAACAGCGGGGUCCUGCACGCCUUUCCACCCUGCGACUUCUCCCAGCAAUUCCUGGACUCCACGGCCAAGGCGCUGGCCAAAUCAGAGGACGACUAUCUGGUCAUGAUCAUUGUCCGUGGGGCAUCCUAAGGCCCUUGUGUUCUGUACCCAACCCUGCCUACUCCUCCACACAGCCCCUCCAGCGUGUGCCAGGUGCUAUGGGAUACAGCCUUAGCCAGCCCUGUCAUUAUUUUAAAUUAGAUCUUUGUUUGUAGGUAACUUUCCCUGCCCGUUUUUCUGUUACUACAUUUUUCUAUAAAGUUAGAAGCCAGAAAGGUUGGUUAGCCAUUAGUGUGAAUAGGAUAUUGUGAGAAUCCCUUCUCAGUGGGGAUAGCAGGGAAGCUAGGCCUGCUUUGAUUUACAAAA